CAUUGCUAUUGGCUGUGGGCCUUAUGCAGCUGCUUGUCAACAAGAUGGCCUUCCUCCUUCUGCCGUUUUGACACUGAUUAUUUUGGUAUCCCCGAGAACAUACCGUAAAAGCUUGUGUCACUUCUACAGAGAUAGUGGAAGAGCGACUGCUCAGAGUCCUAACAAGGCGUACAGUCACAUAGACUUUGUUCAGAUAACUGACAGGCCUCGAUAGCAGCCAUCACUAGACAAGGUUGAUAACAGAAAGUAGCUGCUGGCUAAUGUCGACGUUAGCCAGCGAGUGAGCUAGCUUAGCUACGUGGACACGGAUAGUUAACUCGUGUCACCUGCAUUUAACCAGACAUACUGGUUUGGUGACAGCGAAAAACAGCGAGGAAACUUUUGUCAUCGACAGUUUGCAAGGCUAUUUGUGGAGAUAACGCUGCUAAGAUUCUCUCUCAUUUUGAUCUAUGCAGCUGUGUGCACCAGACUCCAUGCUGCUCCAUGUAGGCUGAUACUUCAGGUUGUAUGCCCAGUGUUGCUGGUGAGCUUGGUGACAAACAGUGCCCAUCAGGUUGGCACUGGAACAGGGAGCCAACGAUGAGAGCUCUGGCUCUGUGUUUUUGCUGGCCAGCAUAGAUGCCGAUAUGCCCCGGGGGUCCUCAUCCUGAUGGACCGAGACACCUUCUCCCACAUCCGUCUGUGGUGCCCACGUCCCUUUGGCACCUAUUCCCAGAACAAAGCAAGGAGCCCGGGAUCAGGGGGCAGCAGCGGAGGCGGUGGUGGGACAGGGUCCCCUUCCCUCUGCAAAGCUGAGCCCUCUCAAGCGGCCAGAAGGACGGAUGGAAGUGAAGAUGGGGGGAUGACAGUGGGGGUACAUGAAGACAAUGGAGAAGAGGAUGAUGUGGGCUCAGAGAACACUCCACCUGAACCUGAGAUUGUCUCCAGCUCCCUGUCAGAGAGCCAGGCCCCUCCUUCCUCUUCAGCCCCUCCCUCACCACCCUCUUCAGGGUCCCAGAUGGAGGAUGGCCGUGUGCUGUUAGACACCUGGUAUGUCAUUAAGCCAGGCAACACCAAGGAGAAGAUAGCCUUUUUUGUUGCACACCAGUUCAGUGGGGCAGGCCAGCCCAGACCCAGCGCCAUGAAGGUUAAAGGUAACUGGGCAACUGACUGCAGUAAAGCCAAAAGACGAAGACGUUGCUCAUCCUACGACCCUCCAACUCGCUCCCAAGCCUCAGAGUCACACCUCAGCCAUGACUCCUCCCCUGCGCCUUCGAGCCCUGAUGAGCCACUUUUAGCAGGGGUGAAUGAGACAGAUCUGCUGUCUGUGGCAGAAAUGGUUGCCUUGGUUGAGCAGAGGACUGCAAUGGCCCUUCAGGGAAUUGUGGCUGCUCAUGGGAACCAACACCACCAGCCCCCUACAACCACUCACAGUCAGGGCCUUACUCCCCACCAGCACACCCUUCUCCGGGGCACAGUGUCAGACCCCACUCCUGUGGUGUUUGUAUCAGACAGUUCAAAUGGCCAGCCCUCCAAAGAUGCCCAGGAGUCAUCAUCUCCCAUCCAGACAGACCAGGAGCUGGAGGCGCAGCAGGAGUCAUGCAGGGUAGCCCAGGCCAUUGCGCACUUUGAGUCCCAGAACCUGGAGAAUCGGCUCCAUCUGGGUCCCGGACCUGGAACAGACUCUUCUAAUCGAGACAGAGAGAAGGAGCAUAGGAGAGGAAGGGAGCCCGGUUUGUUAACCCCUCCUCCACCCCCCAGCCACAGUCAUGGUGAGGUUAGGAUAGCCUUCCGGGUGUCAAAUCUGGACCCGCGAUCUCAGCUGGAGCCAGCUAGCAGGUCCCGCUGUAUGUUUAUGAGCUGUGGUGGAGGGGGUAACCAGGCAGCAGCCAGGGCCAAAGAGAAAAUCACCUGUGAUCUCUACCAGCUCGUCAGCCCCUCAUCUCGAGACCCCAGUAGUCUGCUGCUUGCCGCCACAACUGCAGCUCCCAAACCAGAUGGAGACCUCCAUCACCCAGACAGACAGGCCUGUGGCAGCCCAGACCCAAGCCAGGAGCUUUCUUCUGUAGAGAAGAAAGCUGUGGGUAUGGGACGGGAGCGAGUGACUGGCUUCCAUGUGGAGGUUGUGGUGACAGGUGCUGUGGACCAAUGUGUGUUUUAUGGCAAGGACAGUACAGAGAAUGUGCAGGAGGAGACUGUGUGUUUUGCUAUGCCUAGUGGGGGAGGGGGUGUUGGGGGUGUAGGCAGCUCCACUGAACCUUCAUCAGAUGAUCCCCCUCCUGGACAGCUCUUUUUCCUUCAGCCCCCUCGGGGUCCAGAGGAGGAUGCAAAAGGAACAGGCACUGGCAGUGGGUCAGGAGUGUGCUCUUUGGACUGUGCCAACAACAAUGGCCCUGGGACUGGAGUGGCAGUGGGCCCAGGGGAUCGGGCACCUCGACCAGAUUCUCCUGGUGUUGGGGACGAAUGUUCAGACCCUUCGUUGUGUCGCCUUUACCGCCAUGUAUCCCAUGACUUCCUGGAGAUCCGAUUUCAGAUUCAGCGCCUCCUUGAACCACGCCAGUACAUGCUGCUGCUGCCCGACCACAUCAUGGUCAACAUCUUCAGCUAUCUGCCAACACGUUCACUGGCAGCCCUCAAGUGCACCUGCCACUACUUCAAGGUGUUAAUCGAGACAUAUGGGGUGCGGGCAGUGGAUUCACGCUGGAAUCAAGACCCUCUCUACAGGGAUGAUCCUUGCAAGCAGUGUAAGCGACAGUAUGAGCGUGGGGACGUUUCCCUGUGCCGUUGGCACCCCAAACCUUACCACCAUGACCUGCCUUAUGGACGUUCCUACUGGAUGUGUUGCCGGCGCACAGACAAGGACACACCAGGCUGCCGUGUUGGGCUCCAUGAUAACAACUGGGUCCAGCAGCCUGCCGAUGGCUCCCAGCCCAUUCGUAUCAAGAGGGAGGACAGGAGGGAGGAGGCUAGGUAGAGGGCAAAGAGUACCUAAUUCAUAUACCACACCCCCACCCCCUGCCUCCUCCUUGCUUCCUCUCAUCUGUUCACGCGAUGAACAGGAGAAAAGAGAGGAAUAUAAGGAGGAUUUAGCACUCCAGGACUGUUUUGUGUUGUUUUGCUCCGACACUCCCUUCUUGUUCUUGCCCUCGGUGGAAGGAUUGAGAUUUAAAGAAGGAAGAGAGGUCUAUCACUCUCCUUGCCUUUUUUGCCCUCCAGAAUCCCUCUCCCCCACUGAGCACCAGAGUGGCACCUUUAAACAUUUGCAUACCAGGGUUGGGGUCCCCUCCUACUACUGUCAGUCAGCCCUCUUUCUGCCUCAUUCUUUUGGGUUUCCGUCUAACUCCAUACUUGGUUGUUAGGUAAAUCAUGUGAAAACUUUGCAGUGUAUUUGAUUGAGAUUAGCAUUCAUAAAGUGACGCAUAGAAAUGUAAUGCCCUAGAGCCUAAUUACUGUUCCCAGUACUUGUUCUGUGUCGUAUUACAAACUUCCAUUUUAGCUGUACAAUGGUGCUUCAAGGAAUGAGCUGUACUGACUCCAACAGGUAUAAAAGUUUUCACUGGUGGAAUGUUCAGCUUUGCUAUGAAAUGUGAUUGUAUAAAGCAAACUUGAUUUUUCCAUUGUGCAAGAUCACCAUUUGAACCUCUCCUGCGUCAUGCAUUUCUGUUUUUCUGAAUGUGCUGUAAUGUUGUACUAUGUCAAUUAGUCCCCUGAUAAUGCUGCUGAAAUCAUUGCCUGUGUCACUGAUGUUAAUGCUGAAAUAACCAUGACAAGCAUGGUCUCAUCUAGCCAGUCUCACCUGGCCAUUGAGACCUGUUCUUGUCAUUGUUUCAGAGUGGACCCUAACCUUGCUGACCAGCCAUAAAGAGGAGCCAAUGGGAGAUGGACUUAACUGAUCAAGACCAGUGGGAUUGAAUGGGAUUUAAAAAGAGAAACUUGAUGUCACUUUGGAAAGGCCUGAUGUCACUUUGUAUGGUUUGAUUGAAUUGCUUGUUUGCCUUUUUUUUUGGCUGUUUUAUUAGGGUGUGAGUCAGAGAAUGUUUGCCGUUGUAUUUGCUUUUAUUCUUGGGAUCUUGUUCUCCCUGUGUCAGUCUGUCACCCUACUCAACCUGCAAAGAUGUAUUUUUAAAAUACUCCAUCUUUGUUUUAACCCCCAGCUCUCUCCCUUUCAUUCUCCUUUCCGUCCUCCGAGUUGGCAGAGGGCAGUGUUUGCCAAAGCCGUUCAUGCUUUGAAGCGGGUGAAACCAACUACCACAGACCGCAGAAACACUCUACACCAGCUUCCAGCCUUAAAAGCCCCCUACCUCCUCACUCACCCUGCUGGAGAUUGAGGCGUCAGAUACCUCACAGCUGAUCAAGAGUAUUGGGAGUUGCACAGGACCUGUAAGUGGCUAGAUUUCAGAGGCUCGAUAGACUCGAUCCAGCUCUACUGGAUCCACCCAUAACUCUUUGUGUGGGAGUGUAUGAUGAACAGUGCCUGGUGAGGGCUCUGACUCUUAAUUCUUUGAAAAACCUCUUUCUCCCUCCUCCCCCCCUCUCCCUUGCUGUUCGACUCCCCCACUCCUGCAAGCUGACAGACUGGACAUUAAAGAAACUGAUAUGAUGAAUGAUGCUGAAACUUUGCAUGGAGGUGGGAAGAAGGUUGGGUAGUCAUGGGAGAACUCUGUAGGUUCCAGACAUGUACAAUGCUAUUGGGAAAUAUCUGCUUAAAUAAAAACAGAAAUGAUGAUUAAAAACUGGAAUACUGAAUCAC